ACUAAAACUAAGAGUAAGAGUAAGUUUGUUUUAGCUGAGUGUGCUGAACUCAAUCAACUUAUUCGUACUUGGAUCCCAAAUGGAUAAAUAUCUGCAGUAAUAGUAGCAACGUCGAGCAGAAUAUAUACAACACUAGGGUUUCGCUGAGGUUUUCGGCUGACCCCACGCCACCAUGAAUUAUGUCUACAAUAUGGGGAAGCUGCUGAUCAACUUCAAGGAUUUCUACAAUGAGAUCAACGCGGCGACGCUUACCGGUGCCAUCGACAUUGUCGUCGUCAAACAAGAGGACGGCACGCUCUGUGGCUCGCCGUUUCACGUUCGCUUCGGAAAGAUGGGAGUGCUACGCAGCCGGGAAAAAGUUGUCGAAAUUGCGAUUAACGAAGAACAAGUGAACAUCCAGAUGAAGCUGGGAGAGAGUGGAGAGGCAUUCUUUGUCGAGGAGAUCCCUGCCCAUCUUCAGAUUCCUCCUCAUCUGGCGACUUCCCCCAUACCAAGCAGCUCGGUUCUCAGCACGGGGGAACUGCACGCGCGCCUGAUGGAAAUCGAGAAGAACAGCUGUGAUACGCCAGAAGAGGGCGCCACGUGUCGCGUCAUCGUCGCCGGCGAGGCGCGGGUCAGCGACGGCAGCGUCUCCUCACCAGAUGGCGCCGGUGCUCAGCUACCCAAGCAGCCGCAACACUUCGACGUUUUCGAUUCACCGGACAAGGGCAGCAGUGCGAUCUCCCUGCCUAACGAGACAGUCCCCGGCUCUCUCGAAGGUCUCGCAGAGGCAGUCGAGACCACAUCUGAGGCCACACCUGAGACCACACUUGAGGCCACAUCUGAGACCACACCUGAGGCCACACCUGAGACCGCCGCUGAGACUGGAGCUGAGAUGGUGGCCGAGACCGAAACUGAAACAGAAACCGAGGAAGGCACCGAGACGGGAGUGGAAAUUGUCGCCGACGCGGCGGAGACGCCAGCCGAGACCGUUGUCGUGAGCGGAGUCGAGACGCAAACCGAGUCGCUAGCCGAGACCUCGCUCAUCGCGAGCACGCACGAGACGUCACCUGAGACGAGUGCGGAUAGUGAAGUCGAGGCGCGAGACGACGACGGCGACGGCGACGCCGCCGCGGACGAAGACUGCGACCGAGAGGUCUCAGAGGCGUGCGACGUCAUGCCCAACCGCAGCGCGACGACGCAGACUGAAGGACCGGCGGCCGACUAUGCGCUGUUUGCCUCGUCGGACACCAGGGGGCGCCGGCGGCGCAGGAAGCGGACGGUCGCGCGCGCGAGGGUGAAGUCGAGUUUACGGCCCGAGGCCCCGGAUCUUGCCGGGGAUUUCGGAGAGGACAUAUUCCAGUUUGACGGCGACGAUGAGGGCGCUUGUGAGCAUCCUCCACCGGACAGUGGCGAGGUGGAGGUGGAAGCGGAGAGGAGGGAGCCGACCGGCGGUCUCCCGGGUGCAGGCUGGAGGCGGGAUUCCUACCUGGACUUUCACCCGUUCAGCGACGGAGACAUAACGCCGACGGUCAGUCCGGCCAACUCUCGGCCUCCGAGUCCGAAGAGCGACACGGAGUACGAGCGGGAAGCGAUCGCGCGCCGCCAUGACGCCACGUGUCAGACGCCGGACGAGAUGACGUGGUUGUGGGGCGAGCUGCCUGCGCGGAGCAAGAGCGAAGCGACGACACCGGUGAACGCUGACAAGACGGCGUCGGCAGAUCUGGAGGAACAGCAGCGAUGGCUCGGCAGCAUGUUCCAGUUCAUGAGGAAGACUAAGAAGAUCCGUCGGCAGGCGAGCGAUGGGAUCUACCUUGACGAGCUCAGCCUAACGAACCUGGAUCCUGACACGCGGGCACUCUACUUCCCUAAAAGAGAUGUCACGGGGAGGAUCACCCACCUUGCUGAACUGACGGACGAGCAGGACGCAACGUCACCGCGCCAUGUCACGUCCUCCGGUGACGAAGACGAUGAGUCGGGUAACGGGCCUUCCCUGCCCCGCUCCCCGGGAAGUUUCCAGGAUGGAGUGGACAGUGUGUGCUGCAGCUGCGGGCAGACGAAGGCCGGGUUCACGAGCAAGUGCUUUGACAGACCCACGGACUGUGACGACCUUGCGAUCUCGCUGUGCGGGGGUCUGGCUGAGAGUGACAUGGAGAUAACAGAGGAGAGGUUCAUGCAGUACCUCGUCACCUACCAGGAGUUCUGUGCUAACCCGACGCUGCUCUCGAACCCUGACACAGUGUUUAGGAUCCGGGGCAGGUAUGUCAACUCACACGUAGCAGUGCCCGGGCUGAUGUGUCAUCUAUUAUUCCAGAACUCAUUGCCACAGACUUGUAUCAAUGAGCUUAUCAGAGAAUAUAUCCCAAAAAAGAAGAAAGAGGCAUCUCGCAAAACAUCUUGGUUUCCAUGGCGACGAAGCAUUUCUAGUGUAAACGACGAGGAUGGGUCUAAAGAGAUCGGGAAAAAGGAGGAUGUUGUGAACAAAUAUGCUUCUACAGCUGCAACAACCGAGGAAAUUCCGACCACCACGUAUGAGGGUGUGGAUAUUCCAGGCACUGGACUCAUGGCGAAUGAGGAAGUUGACGGUCUCAGCAGUGACACGGAGCAAGCAUUGAGUGUGAAGGGUCUGCCCGUACCUGUUGAAUACUGCCUGACGGAGGACGUCGAACGCUUCAAGAAGUCUAUCCGUCUGUCGCCAGAGCAAUUGGCGAAACUAAAUCUACAGCCGGGACCUAACGAGAUCACGUUCUCUGUGACAACCAAGAUGCAAGGGACAACGCGGUGUUACUCCACUAUAUACCUGUGGAACUACGACGACAAACUAGUUAUUUCUGAUGUAGAUGGAACCAUCACAAAGUCUGAUGUCUUGGGACAUGUGCUUCCAUACAUCGGCAAGGACUGGGCGCAGUCUGGUGUGACUCAGCUCUUCAACGCCAUCACUGAAAACGGUUACAAGUUUGUCUACCUAUCCGCACGCGCGAUAGGUCAAUUCAAGGGCACCAAAGACUACCUGAAAAGCAUCAAACAGGGAGACGUAUCAUUGCCUGAUGGUCCGCUGUUACUGAACCCAAGCUCCCUGCUGUCUGCACUGCACAGAGAGGUGAUUGAGCGUAACCCAGAGAAAUUCAAGAUCCAGUGUCUGCGUGACAUCAAAGCCCUUUUUCCAACAAAUCCAUUCUAUGCUGGUUACGGAAACAGGAUCAAUGACACAUGGGCAUAUCGAACUGUGGGUGUGCCUACACCGCGCAUCUUCACGAUCAACCCAAAGGGAGAACUGAAGUAUGAGGUCACAAACACAUUCCAGUCGACAUACUCGGGACAGUCCGACUUGGUCGACCAUCUUUUUCCACAUCUACACGAAAAGGACGUAGUAGAGGGAACAAAGACAGGAACAUUCCCAGCUUCUGACCAGUUCAGCUUGUUCACCUUCUGGCGACCACCAAUAUUGGAUGUCGAACUGCCACCGCCGGACCCACCCACCGUCUAACACAACUAAUCUACCUUCCCACCUGAUUCACCUGCUAUUAGUAAUGAGUAUUAUUCAUGACACUUGAGCUGUUUGUCGUUAGUGAUGAGUGACCCACCUGUUAUUAGUAAUGGGUUAUACACCUAUUGCCCAAGGUACCUGCCAUUAAUGGAAAGAUACCUGGGUGGCAUCAGUAGUGGGUAAUACACCUAACACCCGAAAAACCUGUCGUUAAUGAAAAUACCUGUCGUUAAAAAUAAGGUAUCAACCUGUUUCACAGUUAGUGACCUACAUGUCAUUAGAGUUGGCUAUCUAUCUAGAAGUACCUGCCUAUCAUGAAUGGUGAACUCAACCUGUCAUUAAUAACAAUGUACGUUUCGGUUGCCAUUAGGAGCAAGAGUUUUGUCAAUGUAAGCAGUGCAUCCAUUAUUAUAUUAAUAAUAAGUUGGUAAUGCAUGCUGUCAAUGAUAUAGGUACCAGAGAUAUGCCUUUUCGCCUAGUUUCAGCUAGGAAAGUUGAGUAGUGAGGAGCAAUGAUGGAGAAUAAGUGGAAGGCGUUGGAAGUCGGCGGUAUUUAUGUGGAAAGUUUGCAUGCUGCGAGCUGUUCUGAUGUGAAAUCAAGUACAAGAUUGAAGGUUGUUUCAAGAGUAAGUUGAUAGAGACUGAUAGACUAGACAGCAUGUUACAGCAAACUUCAAGGUUACAUUGAAUCAGAAGUUACACUUGUAUGGGGAUUAUGGACAAUUUAGAAGAUGCGUUGAGUCCGAAAUUGACACGUCUGGUAAUUGCAGCUAACGUAUAAGUUACAGUCAGAAGCUACACUGACACAGAAGCACACUAGUCAAAUUCAUUAGUUAUGGUAGUUUACAAUGGAGAGUUAUUAUACGUGGAUUUCGAGUCAACUAGUCACGAAAUACUCUGGCACAGAAAAUUACACUGCUAUAGGUAACGUGUCAUUUAGAGAUUACUGUUGGGAGAUUACAUGGUGUUUAGAGGUUACACUGAGUGAGGACGCUAGUGGUAUUUACGAGUUGCAAUAAGGCGGUUUAUAGUUGGAUCGGUUCGUGUAAGCAAUGCCAUUUAUUUGUAAGGACAAGCGGAUAAAACGCAGCAAAAAAGGCAAUGUUUUUUUCGUACUUAAUUUACGACAACGCUAACGAGUAUAGGCUUUCUUUUGGUUAAUGAAAAUCUAUAGGAGAAGGCACGUUUGUGGAGGUGUAUGUACCAGUGCGUAUAAGCAAUGUGGUAAAACGCUUGUAUAAUGGGCUGCAAGUAUUUUGCCUCUCUGUGAUGAUCUACUUAAGCGAUACGUAGUGCUAACGUGAUAUAAUCUAUAGUUGCCAUGAACUUAUGUGUGUUAUCAUAAACCCACCUAUACAGGUAUAGCUGGGUUCAUGAUAAUGCUAUACAUUAUUCGCAUUAUUAUAAUAUGAGAUAGUAUGUAUACGUUCAAGUUGCAUAACGGUGAUGCUUUGAUGUUGUUAAAGCAGUUCUUAUUAAGAAGGGAUUUGCUGAAAACAACGAAUAUGUGUGCUCAGAAUAAUACUUGAAUGGUAAAAAUUAUUAUACCAGCAUGCUUUCAGUAUGAUCAGUUGAUAACGACUAAAUAAGAUUACAUAGUUAUCAGUCAACAGAAUUUAAUUCCAUUGAAGUUUUAUUGUUUAUUUAAUUAUAUCAAGAGUAGAUAAUAAUGUGUUAUUAUCUGCUCUUGAUUAUAUGUAUAAACGGUUUGAGAUAUAUAUAUGUAUGCAGUAAGAUGGAUUGUAAUAUUAUGUAGGAAGUGAGGAAUAUUUUAGAAUCAGGAUAGAAGCUGCAGUCAGUACCACCACCAUGGGUCUGAAUGUGAAAAUCAAAAUGUUGUUUAAGAAUUAAAAUCAUGAGUCUUACAUAUUUAAAUUGAAAUCGAAUUUCGGUUGUGCGUUUAGGUAGUAGUGACUUUACACCAUUCCUGUGUUGUCAUUGUUCACGUCUUUAUCAUUAAUUAUUUUCGCAGAAUUAUUUAUGAGAUAGCAACGUCAGAUAUAUUAGAGUGAGGUUAAUGAUCUUAUAUGUAAAUUAAGUGGAUAUAAUAGCAUUGUCAUUGAUGGUUUGUCUGUAUGUAGUCUUAUUUGUCACCUAGCAGAUGUUAAAAUGUAGUUCAGAUAAUAUCAUCAGUACCUGUACCUUGCUUGGUUCAUGCAUUGUUUUGUAAUGAAGAGAUUUUGUUGAUUAUUGUGAUAAAUUUGUGCCAUAUAUGAA